CAGUCAGAGCGCGUAGAGCCGCAGGAGGUGGACCGUGGAACUGUCCAGUGCUGAUGCUCUUCCAACGAUCGACUUCAGCUACGAACAGCCACCGCCAACGACAACAAAGCUGUUGUUAAGUGAUGAUAUGAUAUGUUACACGAUAUUUAAAACGGUGUCCAGGAGUUUUAUCUGAGAUUGUUUUCAGGUUCAACGCUUCUUUCGCCCAGCCAAUAGGAAGGGACCGUACGGGCUGAACGGCUGACAAGCAUCGAGACAUUUUGAUUGUUUGAUUGAUGCAUUCCUCUGCAGACUGCUGGGUGGAUGACUAGAUCUGCUGACCGGAGAGAAAGUUUCGUUAGAUAAAAUCAGUAUCAUACACGAUGGUGGAUGCAGCUGAAUGUUGUGUGAAGGUGAUGUGCCGAUUCAGGCCACUUAACGAAUCGGAAAUCACCAGAGGUGACAAAUACAUUCCGAAAUUCAAAGGAGAAGACACUGUGGUGAUAACGGGCAAGCCUUAUAUCUUUGACCGAGUCCUUCCUCCGAACACCACACAGGAACAAGUAUAUGAUGCCUGUGCCAAACAGAUUGUUAAAGAUGUGCUGGAUGGCUAUAAUGGGACUAUCUUUGCUUAUGGCCAAACCGCAUCUGGGAAGACUCACACAAUGGAGGGACAGCUCCACAACCCCCAGCUGAUGGGCAUCAUCCCUCGCAUUUCCCAGGACAUCUUUGAUCACAUCUACUCUAUGGAUGAGAACCUGGAGUUCCAUAUCAAGGUAUCUUAUUUUGAAAUCUACCUGGACAAAAUCAGAGACUUGCUCGAUGUUUCCAAAACCAACCUGGCUGUACAUGAGGAUAAGAACAGAGUGCCCUUCGUCAAGGGUUGCACGGAGCGUUUUGUGUCCAGUCCAGAGGAUGUCAUGGAUGUGAUUGACGAGGGUAAAACCAAUCGUCAUGUGGCUGUCACAAACAUGAAUGAGCACAGCUCCCGCAGUCACAGCAUUUUCCUCAUUAAUAUCAAGCAGGAGAAUGUGGAGACAGAGAAGAAAUUGAGUGGAAAACUCUACCUGGUGGAUCUAGCAGGAAGUGAAAAGGUCAGUAAAACUGGAGCAGAAGGAUCUGUGUUGGACGAGGCUAAAAAUAUCAAUAAGUCUCUCUCUGCUCUGGGGAACGUCAUCUCAGCCCUGGCCGAAGGAACCAAAACCCAUGUACCCUACAGAGAUAGUAAAAUGACCAGGAUCCUUCAGGACUCUUUGGGUGGGAACUGCAGAACAACCAUCGUCAUCUGUUGCUCUCCCUCUGUAUUUAAUGAGGCUGAGACCAAAUCCACUCUCAUGUUCGGCCAGAGGGCCAAAACCAUCAAAAACACAGUUUCUGUUAACAUGGAGCUCACAGCUGAGGAAUGGAAGAAGAAAUAUGAGAAAGAGAAAGAGAAGACCAGAGGUCUGAAAAUCAUCAUCCAGCGGCUAGAAAAUGAGCUCAAGCGAUGGCGAAAAGGUGAGAAUGUACCUGUUAAUGAACAGCACAGCAGUAAAGAAUCAAAGAAUUCUGAAGCCCCUCCCAUAAUUGACACUCCGGCUCCGCCUCCUGAGCCUCUUCCUGAUUCAGAGAAAACCCGAUAUGAGGAGCUGAUCAAUGACCUAUAUCAGCAGCUAGACGACAAGGAUGAUGAGAUCAACCAGCAGAGUCAGCUGGCAGAGAACCUGAAGCAGCAGAUGGUGGAUCAGGAUGAGUUAUUGGCAUCCACACGGCAUGACUAUGAGAAGAUCCAGGAAGAUCUGAGCCGUUUGCAGCAUGAGAACGAGGCAGCAAAAGGGGAGGUGAAGGAGGUGCUCCAGGCCUUAGAGGAGCUAGCGGUGAAUUACGACCAGAAAAGCCAUGAGGUGGAGGAGAGAGGCAAAACAAACCAACAGAUCUCAGAGGAGCUUUUGCAAAAGAGCGCCGCUCUGACUAGUGUGGAGAGGGAUCUGUGUGCCCUGCAGGAACUCAGUGGACAUCACAAGAAGAGAUCAGCAGAGAUCCUCAGUCUACUGCUCCGGGACCUCAAUGAGAUUGGCAGUGUUAUUGCCUUGAAUGACCACAAGAUGACAGAGAUGAACGGAGGAAUGGAAGAGGAAUUCACCAUGGCACGGCUCUUCAUCAGUAAGAUGAAGUCAGAAGUGAAGUCUCUGGUCAACCGCAGUAAACAGCUUGAGAGCACGCAGACUGACACAGUGCGCAAAAUGCAGGCCAACGAGAAGGAGCUCGCUUCCUGCCAGCUCCUGAUCUCUCAGCAUCAGGCAAAGAUCAAAUCCCUCACAGACUACAUGCAGAACAUGGAACAGAAGAAGAGACAGCUGGAGGAAAGCCACGACUCACUAUCGGAGGAGCUCGCUAAACUCCACGCACAGGAAAAGAUGCAUGAGGUUUCAGUCCUGGAUAAGGAAAAGGAACACAUGAGCAGGAUGCAGGACGCUGAGGAGAUGAAGCAAGCCCUAGAACAGCAGAUGGAAAGCCACAGAGAGGCUCAUCAGAAGCAGCUCUCACGUCUGCGAGAUGAAAUUGAAGAGAAACAGAGGAUCUUGGAUGAGUUUAAGGAUGUGAACCAGGCUCUUCAACUUGAAAAGAAGCAGCUCCUGUCUGACUAUGAAAAGCUCAAACAGGAGGAACUGAAGAAGGACGAGAGACUACAGAAGCUUGUCAAGCUGAAUGAGAAGAGAGAGCAAGUCAAAGAAGACCUAAAAGGUCUGGAAGAGACUGUGGUCAAAGAGCUCCAGACUCUCCAAAACCUGCGUAAGCUGUUUAUCCAGGACAUCAAUAGUCGCAUUGGACGAAGUAUGGAGUUGGACGCUGAUGAAUCUGGGGGAAGUCUGGCACAAAAACAAAAAAUAAUUUUCCUGGAGAACAACCUGGAACAGCUCACUAAAGUCCACAAGCAGCUGGUACGUGAUAAUGCAGACUUAAGAUGUGAGCUGCCCAAACUGGAGAAACGCCUCCGUGCAACUGCUGAGCGUGUGAAGAUCCUGGAGUCUGCUCUGAGAGAGGCCAAAGAAAGUGCCAUGAGAGACCGUAAGAAGUACCAGCAGGAGGUGGACCGCAUCAAGGAGGUCAUCCAAGCCAAGAAUCAGGCCAGGAGGAACCACACCGCACAGAUCGCUAAGCCUAUUCGUGCUGGACAUCAUCACUCAGUGGCUUCUGCCUCACCGGGCCACAGCAUCAGAGGAGGCGUCCCAAGCCCGCGACGACACCACCAACACCAAUCGCAGCACCAGCAGCAGCAGCUGCUGCAGUACCAUCACAGGAACAAGUGAAAAGCACAGCACGGGACAAAAAAAGACCAGUUGGAUACCUGUCUGCACAUCUUUUCAUUCCGGCUAUGUGUGGCAACAAUAUGUCUUUUUCCAAUGCAGUCUUUUCUAUUUGCUGAGGGGGGAAAACAACUACUGUCAUCUUUUACGAAGACUUUUCAAGUUUACUUACUGUCCUUACCAUGACCUCAAACGCAUUCAUACUGAUUAAGUCAACUCCCUGCUUCCCUCCGUUUAUUCAUCAGCCCUGAAUGGAGAUCUGUGGACUCAUCUAAAGUGAAUAAACAAACACAGACCCACACACUAAGACAACGGGAUACUGUCUUUUAAACAGAUAUGAAGUGCUAUUUCAUCGUGACAUUUCCUCUCUUCUUUUGUUAUUUUCUGCGAUGAGUCACUUUUGAAAAAGUCUUCAGUGUUGGAAUUACAUUCUGAUUAUAGUAAUUCAGGUCAUCUUUCAUCACAGAUGCCAGGAUAGUUUCCAUAGUAGUAAGACUUAAGACUUGGAAGACUUGAAAGAUGAAAAGUUGUCACAAAAAUCAGCAUUGGAAGUUUUUACCACCUCAGGAGUAACAGAGCAUGUGUGGUUCUUUUAAUUGGCACAUAUUCAUUGAGAACAUGCAGUGACAUGACUGGAAUGUAGUUUAGGAAGUUGCUUCAAGCUUAAUUCGUCAUGAUUUAUAUUAAUGAUUAUUACUUGAUGUUAAUUUUUAUAUUAAUUUAUUUUUGUAUACAUUAAGUAUUGGAAUUGAGUUUAUUUUAUUUGCAUAUUGUCCUUUUUAGAUUAUUUUAUUUUCCUCACUUUAGAGCCAGAUCAUUAUGUGUACAUGUUUUUAUACAGAUAUAUCGGUGCUUUGAAAAUAUUACUUACUGUAAUUUAUACCAUAAGGUGCUCUGGAGCAAACAACAACUGUUAAAUAUCAGUCGUAAUACCACAUUAGUGUUAAAACCAGGAAUCAUUUGAAGAUAUCUUUGUUGUUGUAAGUAUUAUCAUUGUUACUUAACCUGACCUGUUUUAAAGGGCAUGAAAUGCAAUCAUUUUAAGACAGCCAAAGUCAUAAGAGACACAAGAGCUUCACAUAUGAAAAGAUCAGAUGUGUUUAAGAAAGCAAAUGUAGAGAGAUUUUAUUGCUUACAUGCAUUUAAGAAAGCAAAUGUGGAGAGAUUUUACAGCUGAUUUUUAAUUAGAUAUGUAUGUGCUCAAUUAUAAUGCAUCAUUUAAUUUAGUUAAUUUUUAUAUAAUUUUAUCAUUAUUUAUUGAUAUCAUUAAAAUAGGAUGACGGAUUUUUUAAAAAACCUCAUUGAGUGACUUUUAAAUCUAUGAUAUGAUUGAGAAUCCAUUGGCUUUUUAAAGAAACACAAAUAUUGUUUCAACAAAUAUUAAACCAUGUAAACCAUGCUAUCAUGCCAUAGCUAUUUACAAUCCUUUGCUAAUAUAAAACUUUGCCUAUACUGUCUGGUGUUAAUUGUCUCUGGUAAGAUUUUGAGUCUGUGUGCUCAGCUUGGUUUCUUAUCACUUGUAACUACAUCAGUACAUGAAAAAUGUUAAUAUGAUGAAAUCUUGUUCAGUUUACUGUAAAUGCUGACAACUCGAUAAUAAGUGUUGUGAGCACUUUAUUGCACUCUCUUGUGGGAUUGUGUAACUGACAAAUUAAAACCACAUUCACAAAUGCACUUCUUAGGUUCCAUAUGAGGAUUUCCCCUGGCAAAUGAACUUUGCUCAUCAUCGAAAUAAUAGAAGAACUACUGAUGUAAAGUAGGCCUCUCAAAGCCUAUAACUUAACAAGGUCUAGUGUUUUGUAUGUCCUUGAAUGUUGUUUUUCCAUGUAGCUAUAUGGUGGUGAGUUAAUACACAGAGUGACCUCUUAAUAUACUGUUUGUCUUCAGGUUCUUGUUCAUAAGUGUUUCUAAAGUUUAUGAAAAGUGCUAUGAACUUUACCUCAGCAGUGUAUGGAGCAUCUGGAAAUGAGAUCAGAGGACAAUAAAUGAACUUCAGUUGCUUUGAAGGAAGUGCCACAACAUGGAUAUGAAAUGGUUUCUAAUGGUUGUUCCAAGAUAUCAAGCUUAAAGUUAUGGAUAACAUAACAGGGUUUCUGACACUCAUUUAUCAGAUAUUGAUGUGGAAUCAAUAAAAGGUUACUAAAUGUA